AUGUUGACUGUCAUCUUGUUUUGUAAACUCCUUGCGUUGUUGUUCAGCUGUUCCUCAGUAUCCGAAGCGGGUGGAUUCCAGGACGCUCCGUGGAUAAUAAACUUUGACGAUGCUGAGAGCGCGCGGGGAGACCGGAGCCGGCCUGUUCCCCAGAACCCCCGGAGCCCUCCCAGCCCUCAGCCCUGCGCCUGGGGUGAGCUGAGCCCGGGACUCCGCCUUGCAGGCUCCGGAACCCUCGCUGUGGCUCCCCCGCUCGGCCCAGGCCUUGAAGCCGCGGCGAACCUCUUCCCACCCUACCUCGGGGACCUGAUGGCAGCGGCGGCCUCCCCCAGCCUGGACCCCGCCGGCCGCGGGUCUCCCGGCCCAACCCCACCGACCCAGACCAAGACCGCGCCGAGCCGCCGGGACUCAGCGCCUUCGGGUGGCGGCGCUAAGCGGGGAGGAAACAUGGCGCCGCCCAAAUGCGCCCGGAGGCCGUUAGGCUGUGGAGGGCGAGGAAGGCGGUCCAGAGGCGCGGGCUCGGCUGCCCGUUUAGGCCACGGAGCCGGCAGGUCCACGUCCUGGGCGACCGCUCUGUCGCAGUUGGGCGAGACCUACCUAGUCCUGACGGGUCGUAUUUCCAAGACAUUUUCAUAUUCUAUCCAUUGUUUUGUGUGCAUUUUAUUACUUCUGUAUAUAGAGGUGACAACGCUAAGCUUUUUUGAGAUGUCUGUUCCUUCUAGAUGUUCUGAAGUACCUUAUACAUGUUAAAAUUAGAGGUUCAUUCAUGUUGUGAAGACAGGAUUUUGAAUGCUCUCACCACAAAGAAAUGACAAGUGUUUGAGAAACCAUAGGCUUUGAUGGCUUCUCACAGGACAGAAAACCUGGAUCAUCCCAAACCUGCUCUGUGAACCCUCUACUUCAUGUAUGGGUUUCCUCCCAUGCUGCACACUGUGAGGGUCAUGCAUCACCACAGCAUGCACAGCUGAGAAAUGUGGAGAGUGAAGGACCCAGGCCACAUUGACUGUGGGGAUGUAAGCCAGUGGAGACACACUUCCUGAAGUAAGAUGCAUUUCACAAAGCUCCCAGUUUCCAGAAGGAUGGAGCACCAGUCACCCUUGGUCAUGGCCAAACCCUCUUUGUCCUUGCCCUUUCCUGCUCUCUGGGAUCACAGAACAUGUGCACUGGACACAGCUUCUGCCUUGGAAACACCCAGACUUAGGUUUCCAGGCAUAUAACUACUAAAAUCCUUGGAUUCCUUAAAGUGGUACUUGUAUGUUAAUAAGUUGACAAAUGGCUAGUAGUCCCUAGGUAGCUUCAGGAUGGGAGCUGGGCACCUGAAAGACCAAGGCAGAAUUAGAGAAUUAAGAUAGUCAGACCCAGCCCCCAACCUCCAUGGAGGGAAGAAGGGAUGAAUGUUAAGCAGAACACCAAUGGCCAGUGAUUUAAUCAGUCAUGCCUACAGAAUGAUGCCUCCAUAAAAACCCUCAAGGACUGGGUUCAGAGGGCUUCCAGAUAGCUGAAGACAUAGAGGUUCCUGGAAGGUGGUGAACCUGGAGAGAGCAUGCAAGCUCCACAGCCUUUCCCUAUACCUCACCCUAUGCAUCUCUUCAUCUGCAUCUCUUGCGAUAUCCUUUACAAUAAACUGCUAAAUGUAGAUGCCUCCAUGAGUUCUGUGGGCUGCUCUAGCAAAUUAAUUGAACCCAAGAAGGGGGCUGUGGUAACCCAGACUUAAAGCUGAUUGACUGGUCAGACGCAUAGAUAAAAAGAACUUGAGGCUUAUAAUUGGUAUUGGAAACAGGGAUGUCUUAUGAGACUUAGCCCUCACCCAGCAGACCUGGCAUUAUUUCCGGGUAGAUAGUGUCAAAACUGAAUUGAAGGACACCCAGCUGGUGUCUGCCACAGGACUGAUUGUUUGCUUGGUGUAUGGGCUUAACCCCAUCACCUUUAGUCACAGAAGUCUUCUGUGUUGAUUGUUGAGUGAGAGAAUAGAAAAAGCGCUUUAGUUUGUUUUUCCUUAUAGAACAUGUUGACAUUAUGUGGACAUACUUAAAUUUCCCUUCAGACACCAAAUUCGUACUUUUGCCAAUAAUGUGUACAAAGGCAUAUAUUCUCACAGUUUCACUAACAUUUGAUUUUGUUAGUAACUUUACUUUUACUUGUAAAUCUUACCUCAGCAUCAUUUUAUUUGUCAUUGAUUUAAUCAUUAGUGAGGUUUAACAUCUUCUGGUAUGUUUUGGGGCUAUUUGUGUUUCUUCAAUAAAUUGUUUUUUUCUUAAAUUUUCAUUGUUUUACCUUUUUGCUUACUGAUUUGUAGCGGUAGUUGACAUGAUUCUACACAUCUUUGUCAUCAUAUAAGUGUUGAAUCGUUUUUCUAGUGGGACAUUUUAUCCUUUUGCUAUGUUUUGUUUGUUUCCUUUGUGGUACAAAAGUUUUAAAUGUUAUAUGUAUUAAAUAAACUAUCAAUCAUGCCUUUA